AGCCAAAGCAAGAAGAGACAGAGAAAGGGUUCAGGGGAAAGUCUAGCUGGUCAUGCCCAAGCGUCGUGUCGAUGACGUUGCGGAGGAAGAGCGCAGGUAUGCCUCGGUGACCGCCGAGGUACAAAUGGCGGCUGAGAACAAAACGGGCCAAAGUGCCGGCGACGGCAUUGGCGGUGCUGGCGGUAGUGCUGGCGGCGACGGCGGUGGUGGAGACGGUCGACGUGUGCGACGGAAAACAUUGGCAAAAUCAUCGACGGAUCCAUCGACGGACCCAUCGACGGACCCAUCGACGGACCCAUCGACGGACCCAUCGACUUCUGUGGCGCCGAUGGAUGUUGCCGCUGCUGGCGGUGGUCCUGCAUCGUCGUCAAGCACGAGUACGAGGACGAGAGCAAGGACAGGGGCACGGUCUGGGGCUAGGCAAGGUGGGGGAGAUGAUGGCUUGGUGAUGGCAAGUGGUGGGCAGGAUCAGCAGGAUCAGCAUGUUGAUCUUGAUGAUUUGGUCAAGGAGCGAAUUGCCCACGCUGAGUUGGAGCGUGCGAAGCAGAAGCAAGCUCUGGCCCAGGCUCUUGCCAAGGACGAUGCCGAAGCUGCGGACGAUGGCGAUCCAAAAGCAGGCACUUAUCCGCUUGACGCGCCCAAGGCCGGAGUGGUCGAGAACGUGACGAUGUACAACUUUAUGGCGUUCGACAAGCUGGAGGUGGACCUGGGGCCUAAAGUCAACUUUAUCGCGGGCUCGAACGGGUCGGGCAAGUCAACGAUUGUGACGGCGCUGAUGGUGGGCCUGGGUGCGUCGGCGGCACGGACCGGGCGCGGGGCGUCGCUGACGGCACUGGUGGGCGAGUCUGACGAGACGGCGAUUGUGCGCGUCCGGCUCAACAACCGUGGGCACGGGGCGUACCGGUUCGGAACGUACGGUGAGAGCGUAACCGUGGAACGGAUGCUGAUCAAGGCGAACGGCGGGUCGCGGUACCGGCUGAUGGGCGCGGAUGGCAAGGCGAAGAGCAGGGAAGCCAAAGAGCUGCGGGCGAUGCUCGACCACUUUUGCAUCGACAUCGAAAACCCGUACUGCGUCCUCGACCAGACGACGUCGGUCGAGUUUAUGUCCAAGCACACGCCAGUGGAUCUGUACAAGCUGUUCUUUACCGGAAGUGGUCUCCAGAAGCUGGAGAGCAACGUGGAGUCUGCACGGCGCGAUGUGACGCAGAUGCGGCAGACGUACGACCACAAGGUUGCGCACGAGCGGCCAGAGAUUCUGAAGAAGCGUGACGAGGCACGAGUCAAGUUUAAUGCAAUCAGGAGCCAGCGCGAACAGUUGCUCGCGCUCAACCAAGCCAAGAGAGGGUACGCGUGGGCUAGCGUGCGCGAGUUCGAGGUGUCGUGCGCCAAGCGGGCGACGAAGAUGGAAUCCAUCACCUUGAGCAAGUCUCGGCUCAUGGCCAAGCUGAAAAAGUGCCAGGAGCGGCUGGAAGCGGCCCAGGCGGCCAAUGGGAAGGCCGUGGCCAACAUCGAGCGCAUUGGCCAGGAGGUCAGGGCAACGACCGAGGCCGUCAAGCAGGCGCGAGAUGACCUGCGGGUGGCGGAGCGUAGGAAGAUGAUGGUGAGCAGCAAUCUGAGAGGGCACGAGGCGACUCUCAAGGACCUGUCGCUCGCAAAGGUGUCGUUUGAGCAGCAGAUUGCCGCAAUCGAGAACAAGAUCUGCGCCAAGUCAGGCUCGCUUGCUGUGUACAUGCAGCAGCAGGAGCGCGACAGCGUCUUGCUCGGCGAGGAACUGAGAGGAGCAAGCGCGGAGCUCGAGGCGACCAACGCGAGGUACCAGAGCGUUUUGGCCGAGAAGCACGCUGUCAGUGCACUGAUGGAGGAGGCCAAGAAUGAGCACGCGUCUGCGAGGCGCGAGCUGUUGCACAUCAAGGACGAGAGGGCGCAGCUGGAGGCAUCAGCCAACAAGCGACUGGCACGGUUUGCGCCGCGGCGCGGUGACGUGGUCCAGCUGGUGGCGAUGAUUGACAAGGCUGCGUCACGCGGCGAGUUUACCCAACAUCCGCUGGGCCCGAUCGGGCACAUCAUCAAGAUACAGGGUGGGAGCAAGUGGCUGAAACCUGUGGAGCAUCACUUGAGCAAGGAGCUCAUGGCGUUUGUAGUGGCAACGCGGGAAGACGAGGGGCUGGUGUGGAAGCUGUCGCGCGCGUGUGGGUACAUGGCCAAGGUAACGACGAUCCGGACGGCGUUCCGCGACGAGGUCUACGACACGCGCAGCCGGCGGCCAGGCCAGGGCAUCCUCACCAUGCUCGACGUGAUCCGCGGCCCGGCUGUGAUUCUCAACGUGCUCAUCGACAUGUGCAGCAUCGAAGCGCACGCGCUGGUCGAGACGUCCAGCGACGGCAAGGCAUUGAUGCACACCGGGAGCGCGAGCCGGCGAGCGAAUGUCCGCGCUGCGUGGACGCCCAAAGGCAACAGGUUCGAAAAUCGGAACGGUAGUAAGAUACAUUACCGGGCCCACAACCGAACGCUGCUGCUCGGCUCGAUGUCGUCGUCGCUCGAGGGACUCAAGAAGCGGGCGGCCGAGGCUAGCGCGGCCAGGGAGCAGGCGGCCGAGAGCUUGCGGAGCAUGCAGGCCAGAAGCGACGCCCUGGGGCACAUGUUGACGAACGCCAAGCGUGAGCGGGAUCAGGCCACCACUAAGGUGACUUCGCUCGAGAAACAGCUGGAGAAGUUGACCGAGACCGACGACUCGCUGCUCGGCGACGACCUUGCCUCGGAAAAGUCGCAUCUUGAGCUCGUGCUGUUGCGUUUGGCAAAGGUCCAGGCGGCGGUUGAGGAGCAGCGGGCAAAGCUGGAUGAGGCCGAGGCUGAGGCGGUGAGUGCGAAGAAGCAAAUCAAGGAGCUUUCGGCGCAUCGGACGGAGAUGGCCAACGAGACGCGUGCGGCCAAUGAGGAGGUCUACAAGGCGACGGAGGCUCUGGUCUCUGCAGACCACAAGUUGAAGAGCUACCAGGCGAAGCUAGAGAAGAACAACCAGAAGCACAGUGUUACAAAGGCCUCUCUCUUGGAGUUGGAACGCAAGGUGAAGGACAUGAUCAAGGCUGCGCAGAAAAUGGGCGAGCGCGUCGAGACGAAGCUCAGCCAGAGCGAGGCACGAGACGAGGUGGUGCGGCUUAAGGAACACCUCAAGCGGCAUCGCGACAGCUACGGCGACACGGCGACGAUUUUGGCCAACUAUCGCAGCUGGCGUGCUCGGGUGACGUCCAUCGACAAGCACCUCGCCGAGGUCAUGGCCGACAUGGAUGCGCUGGAGGCAACGAUCAAAGAGCUCGAGAAGCGCAGAGACAAGUACAAGCGUCAGGCCAAGGGCAAGAUCCAUCGGCUUUUGGCCGUCUGCUCCAAGUCUCGGCGUUUGUGGGUGAGCUCGACUUUGACGACGACAGGCGCAAGCUCAACCUGCUGGUCGCGGUCAACAACUCGCGUGACGGGACGAAGCGGCCGGUCAAAGACCUCUCUGGAGGUGAGCGGUCGAUGGUCAUGGUCGCGUACCUCCUUUCGCUCUGGCAUGUCAUCGGUGGGCCGUUUGGCGUCAUGGACGAGGCCGACGUCUUUAUGGACGUCGCCAACCGAGCGGUAUCCAUGGAGAUCAUGGUCAAGAUGACCCGCAAGCAAGUCGGCAUGCAGACCAUCUUUCUCGUGCCUGACGCCACAAACGUGCCAACCGGCGAGGGCAACGACGACGUCACCAUGUUUGUCAUGCCUGGCCAGGCGCAGCGGUAAAUAUGUGGCCGAUGCGUGGGUGGAGAGAGGCCCAAUCGCCCUCGUUUCCUGAGCUGAUCUGGCGGCAGCUGCUGUGGCCGAUGCGAGCGUGCUGAUGCCAAGGUGGACGCCUACUGAAUGGCCAUAAUGCGACCCCAUGACAUAAAGAGGUAGACCGC